AUGGCUAACAUCCACGCGGGCGUCGUCAGUAGGAGUGGGUUAACUGCUGACGACCUAUACACACCCACCUGUGCUAGGACCUGCACAGUCGAGCGCCCGACCCAAUACUGGGAAGCCUCGCCAAGCCGGUCCCGGAAGUUCUUCCUCUUCGAAGCCACCUCCCCUGUUCAACGUCAAGGUGAGGUGACUAAGAAGAAGAAGAAGAGCAAACGCCAGCGGAUUGCCGAGCGCCUAGCGCGAGAGCAACAGCCGGCCAACACACCCAACCCUGCGCCCGGAGAGGGAGCAUCGGCUUCUCAGAAGCCAGCACCCAAACCGGGUCCGAACCAGCAAGGGCCCUCUGGAAGACAUCCGCCUAAGGGGAAGGGACCUUCCCAACCCCCCAAGGCUGGUACGUCAACCAGCACCCCAGCAGGUCCGGCAACAGGGAAAAACAAAAAGAAGCCAGGCAAGCAUUCACGAGCUGCUGCUAAGAGGGCACGGGACGAGUCCUUCUCCCCGCAAGGAGAUCCCAAGAAGCAGCGGCUUGUGAAUCCCAACCAGCCAGGCGUAUCCUACGCACAGGCGGCGGCUUCAGACCUGACGAUCGUCGUAACUGAUGCUAAGUCGGGUAGGAUCACCGCCGACCAAUCAAACGCCAUCCUCCGCGCCUUUCACAAGGCAAUCGUGGAGGAUGCCAAGAUAAACACGGAUGAAGGUGCGGCACCUAGCUUUAAGGGCAAACCCGCUUACGCCGAAGGACAGCUGAGGGUCUUUGCGCGAGACGAAUACUCGGCUGCCUGGGCACAGCGCAACAUCAAGUCCCUUACCUUGCCAAAUCUCACCCUAACGGCUGUUCGCCAGUCGGAGUUGGCAAGGAGAGUUAGGUGCGGACUCCUCAUCCCUAACAUCGAUAACUCGUCCUGGGAAAACGUCCAAGAGGCAGCUAUUGGACUUAAGUACCAGAACGGGUGGGCCAAGGUUACCUCUUGGUCCAUUAUCGAGAUACUGCGACAAGACCAAGGGUGGUUUGUCGCAUUCACAAUCCCCGAGGAACUCGUCCCUGCCUUCAUGGAAAGGGGCAGAGCCCUGAGCUGUGGGAUGGGCACGAUCUAUCUCAAGUUCAGGGGUCCUGGGGGUAAAUAUGUGGACCAACCGCCCGCCCCGCAGGGUACUACCCUAGGGACCGCGAGCGUAGUGGUCCCGGACCAACAGGCCAUGGGCACCACCCCCGUGCAGUUUGCAUCUGCCUCCGGGGAGAAGGACGCCCCCCCGUCGACAUCCAAGCUGACGACGACCGAACUCUCGGAGGAUGAACUCCUCGGCAUUGGUGAGGGACCUGCCGAGGCACCACCCGAGGGCGAGGACUUGACGGCAUGGAUAGAGACGGGGUUGGCCGACAUGUUGAAGGAGGGAGGGGAGAUGCAGGAUGAAGCCCCUACCACCGUCAACAUGGACACCGACUAAGGUGCUCCAAGCAAACCUCCAGCACAGCGUGGCCGCUACGGCCCAACUGAGACGCUGUCUGGAAGGUUUGCCAACAGCCGUUGCCCUCCUGCAAGAACCUUGGACGGGCAGCGGACACAUACGAGGGCUCUCCAACACCAAAGAGAUCUGUGCGCGAUUAAACUACAAGUUCCAAUGCCAAC